AUGAAAACUAUCCUUCAGAGAGGGCUUUGGAAUGAAGAGUGGAGACUUUCAAAAUUUACAAAUGAGUUAAAAAAUGAGCUUGUUAGAAAUCAAUUGGAAUAUGACUAUACGGAUUAUGGCAACAGCGUUAAAAUGAGUUCUCCCCCAUUGAUUCCAACAGAUUUUAAACGACUUAACGAAGGAAAAGAGAAUAGGAGUUGUAAUGAUGAGGAUUGUGGUAAUGGGGAAUUUGAUUCUAAUUAG